AUGCGUCUUAUAAAUGUACAAACCUUUGCGCUGGAGGAGUUCUUCAACGAGCAAGUCCCUCCUUACGCCAUACUUUCACAUACGUGGGGAAAUGAUGAAGAUGAAGUGUCAUUUCGCGAUAUUACCGAGAGAAAUACCGGGGAUGCCAGCUGGCCAGUUAAAUUCAAGGGCUGUUGCGAACGUGCAGAAAAGGAUGGCUUUACACAUGCAUGGAUCGACACCUGUUGUAUUGACAAGACCAACUCAGUCGAACUCGGUGAAGCCAUCAAUUCUAUGUUCCGAUGGUAUAGCAAUGCCUCUGUUUGCUAUGUCUAUUUCUCCGAUGUUACUACCGACGAUCGCAAACAGUUACCCUCUCAAAUAUCCUCCAGCCGGUGGUUUCAACGGGGUUGGACAUUGCAAGAGCUUCUAGCACCGAGUCGUCUUCUUUUCUUUAAUUCACAGUGGGUGGAUAUUGGCAGUAAAGCCCAAUGGGCAGGCCUGAUCGAAACGAUCACAGGCAUCUUGCGCGCAUUCCUCCUCGGGAGAAGACCGUUGUCAGAGGCAAGUAUUGCACAACGUAUGUCUUGGGCUUCAAAACGAACAACAAAGCGGAAGGAGGACAUCGCUUAUUGUCUUCUUGGGAUUUUCAAUAUCAUGAUGCCAAUGAUAUACGGAGAGGGUGACCACGCAUUCACACGUCUACAAAGAGAGAUUAUAAGAGAAACCCGGGAUGACUCUAUCUUUGCAUGGGGCUUGAAAUCUGCAGGGCCUGUCUCAACUGAGCCCCAGGAAAUGAUAUCUGCCGGAAUAUUUGCGCCCUCGCCAGCCAGCUUCAUUGGCAGCGGUCAUAUUCUCUCACUGGAGCGUGAGAGCAAAUGCCGGACUGCAUUCGGCUUUGACCGUGGAUAUAUCCGAGGAAACUUCCCUCUUUAUACACGCCAAGAUGGUCAGCUCUUUGCAAAGCUAAGUUGCGGUCCUGAGACGAAAUGUGUUGAGGGACAGAUAACCCGAAGGGCGUUACGCACAAUUGCUCCCAGAUAUUGA